CUGUACCGCUUAUCCUUACAGGGUCAUGGAGAACCUGGAGCCUAUCUUAGGGAGCACAAGGCGGAAGGCGGAGUACACCCUGGACAGGGUACCAAUCCAUCGCAGGGCACAAUCGCGCACACACAUUCACACACCAGACACUUUUGGACACGCCAAUCAGCCUACAUUGCAUGUCUUUGGACUGGGGGAGGAAACCGGAGUACCUGGUACUCUGUGGCCGGAAUCGAACCUCCAACCUUCUGCUAACCACUAAGCCACCGUGCCCCCAUUUAAUUAUUUUAAUUAGCAAAUUAAUUAAGUAAUUGAUAUAUAAAAACUGCCUGAGGUGUUAAGUGCAUAGAAAGGGUCAAAUAUGGAAAACAAAGGAAGUAAACUUCCCUGUAUUAUACCGCAUCACACAAUCAGAAAAGAAGUCACGGAAAGACAAAUGGUGAGUAAAAGAUGGAUUUAAAACUCAGAAAUGAGUAGAGUUAGUGUAAUAGUAGUUUUUCACGUUUUUAAAACAGACUUUGGACUGGAAGGUUUUUAUUUUUGAUGGAAUUGGCAACCCUGCCUGCAUGUGAGUGUGGGAAAACUGGGUUAUACUGGUCCAGCUGAAACAUGUCGUGGAGGUGUAGUGUCCCCGGCUGUGGGAAACGCAAUCAGGAGAAAGUUGAAGGCGUUGUUAUUCACCGUUUCCCUGAAAAAGACUUGGAGCUGUGCAGUAAAUGGUUAGCGGCUAUCGGCAGGGAUGGGACUAAAACCGAGAGGAAAUACGCGUCUUUACGGGUGUGCAGCCAGCACUUCAGUCCUGACGACUAUCAGAGGGAUCUGAAGGCGGAAUUAUUGGGAUGUCCGCCAAAAAAGGUUUUAAAGAAAACAGCAAUUCCGACUAUUUUCCAGACAAAACGAAAGCCAGGCAGAAGACCCUCUCAGACUCUCAAUAAAACUCAAGCUCAGGUGUCCUCUGGAAAAAGAAUUGCACCAAAUCCAGUCUCAGUAUGUUCUGAGGUGGAGGAGAACUCAUGGCUUAAAGCAGUCAAGAGCCUUCAGACUCCUCAAGGCUCUAACUUUUUUAGGAGUCAUGAGGUGAUGGUAAACACACAGUGUCUGCUGGAGCUUUUCCAGUUCUGCUGGCGUUGUCAGAAAGAGUGCUGUAUUACCAUUGAGGGCAACGAGAGGCUGUUUUCAGUCACACAGGACUGCCAGAGUUGUGGACACCACAGAGACUGGAGGAGUCACCCGCCUUCAGCUGAACCUGCACAGACCUUUCAUAAAGAGGAAGAACAUGCACUGAAGCGUGAAGAUGAUGACGAGGUUGUGGUUCAGAUCGUGUCGUCAGAUAACGAGUGCAGUGGGCAGGUGUUUAUCGAAGAGGACGGGUCAUAUUUAUCUAGUGAUGAUGAAGAAGCAAGUCUGCAGGAGGAGGAAGUGAAAAAGAAACGAAAGAGGAAGUCUAAAAGUAAGGACAGUUCAGAUGAGUGGGAGCCAGGUUUAGAUGAAGAGGCCACAGACUCCGAUGUGUCCAUGGAUGAAGAUCUGUUCACAGCUUUAAAGGAGGACGGUCAGGGAAACCUUGUAGUGUGGUGUACACAAUGUGGGACUGAGGCCUCGCUCUCCUGUUCUGUCCUUCGACACAAAAAGGUGUUCUGCUGCGCUCGGUGCGGUGCAGGUGACGACAUUCAAACACGUAAUAUUGAAACACUUCCUGUUCGGUUUGAUGACGUCGCCGGGUUUCAGAAACAUGCUGAACAGGAGCACGGAGCCAAACCUUUCUAUAUACUGUGUCAGGACUGUGGCAAGUUUGUUACAGCAAAAAAAGAGCAUGUAUGUGAACAUAAAAUCAAAUUUAUCGUCUGUCCAGAGUGCGGGAAAAGGUUCCUCACCGAGGGCGGUCUAAAGACGCACCACACUCAGCUCCAUUCGGAUUACGAUCACCCGUGUAAAUACUGUCUGAAGGUCUUCAAAACCAAGUCUGCGAAACUGGAACACGAGCAGACUCAUCCUAAAGAAAGUCAACCAUACCGCUGUCCAGAUUGUCCAGAGAAGUUUAGCAGCAUUCACAAACGCAAUAACCAUGUCGUAUCCCACCGAGGUCCACAUAAAUAUGUGUGUGAUGUUUGUGAGAAAGGCUUCAGGGAUAUUAACAGGCUGAGGAGGCAUAAGCUCAUCCACUCUGGAGAAAAGCCUUUCAAAUGCCAAGUGUGUGAGCGUUCCUUCAACCAGAUCUUAAACCUCACUUCCCACAUGCGGGUCCACACUGGAGAGAAACCUUUCAAGUGUGAGCAAUGCGGAGAGUCGUUCAGUCACAACGUCAGCCUGAAGAACCACAAGCAACGACACCAUGACUCGAGUUUGACUCAAGAGAAAGAAGUGCUAAAUGAUGUAGAGAAUACGGUGAUGAAUACACAGGUAGAGGUUCCAUAACUGUUAUGACUUUGGUCCAGGCUCUAAACAGGAACAGUAUAUCUCUACGGAAAUCCCAAAGAAACUGAAGAUCAGUCUGACUUUUUCUAUCUGCAGACCAUGCGAUACAUUUUGAAAGCAGCUCUGUUUGCUAUCCCUACACUAACUUAAUCAUAUUUUUAGACCCUGACCUAUGUACUGUGUACCAACAUGAAAAUGUUUAUUCAUGAAGAGUACUCUAUCAAACAGUAAGGACAGUCACCUUGCUUCAUGGUAGAAACUCAUCUUUUGUUUUAUUAAUUAAUUGCACAAAUGAAUGAACACAAUUGCACAAGCCUUUUUACCAGAAACUGGCAUAUUUCCCCAUCCACCUACCUCCAGGAAACAAACUCGCAAUGUGUCUCAAACAUGUGCUUACAGUAUCUUCUAUUCUAUACUGUUAUUAAGUGUUAAGACUAACCGUGGUUUUCCUAUUAGAAACUUACUAAAAUCUCUGUUUUGUGUAUAAGUCAUCUGGGUUUUCUAGAUUAGGAAAUACUUUUGACGCUAAGAACAGAUCAAGUUUUAUAUUUGAGACACAGUUCAUGGCAAUAAUCACGAUGACGGAAAGAUUUAAAGAGAAACGGAGCUCGUCGGUGAUUUUAUCAUCACUAUGUAUGAAAUCAUUAACAACACAACACUUCCACUAGACUGGUAAGAGUCAGUCAAGGAAUAUUCCUUUGGUUUUUAGUCACUCAUGUUAGACAUAUGUAGGUUACUAACGUAUUAAAAAUGUUCAAACUUUACAGUAGUCUUGAAAUUGUAUAUCUGGAGUUAUUAAAGUGUAGGGUGGUCAAGGCUUGGGGUUUGGAGAAAAUGUAUGAUGUCUAUUUGGGGUCGUUUGCCCAAAAUUUUGGGAAUCCCUUUUUUUUUUUUUUUUUUAAUCAAAUCCCUUCAGAAAGAACUGACAUGUAAUAAUUUUUCACAGUUUCACACUUUCUACACACUUUUGCACACAUUUCAGGUUCACAUUUCUACCUGAUUCGAUGCUGAUGAUUUAACUAGUACCUUAACUGGAAUGUUUGCAUUAUCUGGCAUGAGUGACCACCCCUUUCCAUCGCUUAAGAUGUAUGUACAUGGGUUGACCACAAGAGGAUCAGUGAAUUGAAGUCCAGCAUUUGGAACAUGGUUUGGCUUCCUAAAUCAGACAUGGUCUCCACAUGUGCAUAUUGGGCUUUUAGUGCCUCGGUGUCUUGUAUAACAAUUUUCCGGCUGUCCAAAACAUUGGUGGUGCUGAAGCGGAGCUGUCUCUUCAGUACCAUAGCGGCAGUCAUGGGAGGAGCGCUCAUUCCCUUUUGUGCGCCAGCCGCCGGCCUGCCGUCACACUUGUUUUUCUUGCUCUGAUGUGCAGUGACUCUCUCAUGUGCUCCCUUCUGCUUGCUCUCCUUCUGUGUUGGAAGAAUAGUCCAUUUAAGCUGCAUUUUCCAUCCCAUAGCGAGCUUAAAUGGAGAUACACCUGU